AUGCGUUGGCAACAUCUUCCUCUUGGUGGGCUUGUAGCUUCGUCCGUUGCGGUUAAUCUUUAUGUGUCUUCUUAUAUUGGCACCAUCACUACGUUGUCAUUGUGUCAGGAUGCGAAUGGAAACUACUCUUUGACUACUAUUGCGGCGAACAAUGGUUCUGCGCCGAGUCCGAGUUGGCUAGAGAAGGACGGGUAUAAUGGGAUUAUUUACGGUCUUGACGAGGGACUUACCGGUCCUAAUGGAUCUAUAUCUUCAUAUAAGACUCCUGGAUCCGGGGUCCUCAAGCAGAUAGAUCGGCAUGUGACGCUUGGUGGACCCGUGAGCUCAAUUGUAUACAAUGGCGGCAAAGCAUUAGCCGUGGCCCAUUAUGGUGGCUCUGCCCUCUCGAGCUGGACUAUCCAAAAAUCAGGUGGCCUUGCGCUGCUCCAAAACCUCCAAUUCACGCUCUCGACUCCAGGAACGAUUCCUGAUAGACAAGACGCACCCCAUCCACACGAAGCCCUUGUCGAUCCUACGGACCAAUUCAUCGUCGUUCCUGACCUGGGAGCCGAUUACAUCCGCGUCUUCAGCAUAGACCCCUCAACAAGCAUUCUCACACAACGCACCCCCUUCUCCACACCCCCCGGCUCCGGCCCCCGCCACGGCGCCUUCUUCGUCUCACCCACCACCAACAAGACGUACUUCUUCCUCGUCUCCGAGCUCGGAAACACAGUUACCUCGUACUCAGUCUCGUACUCCGUGUCCAACAAUCUAGGCUUCACCGAGGUAUCCAGCAGUGGCAUUUACGGCAAUGCGAGCACGCCUGUUGGGGCCGCGUCCGGCGAGGGGGUUUUAUCUCCCGACGCCAGAUUCUUCCUAACAUCCUGCCGCAAUGACAGCACCUUGCUGAUCCCCCCCUUCGACACCAGCAAAAACCACAGCACCGCGUUGAUACGCUCCGACUCUCUGCAGAGCUGGGCCAUCGAUGCGCAGACAGGGAGCCUGGCGUUCGUGCAGCUAGCUGCGGCGGGGGGGUCGUUCCCGCGGCAGUUUUCCGUCAGUCGCGAUGGGCGGCUGGCGGCGGUCGGGUUGCAGGAGAGUGGGCGCGUGGUUAUUAUAGAGAGGGAUGUGCAGGCGGGGACGUGGGGUGGGUUUGUGGCGGAGGUGGAUGUGGAGGGGGAGGUUACUAGUGUUGUUUGGGAUGAGUAG